AUGCCCGCCACAGCCCAGACCAAUGUCAUCCGAAGCCCUGAGCCAUGUGAAGAGUUCCUCCAGUAUUCUCGUGUAGCCGGGGUUCAGAACGCUGUUCCAGAAGCCCAGAAUCAGGCCGAGGUCUCCUUGGUCUUUCUCAUCAGCGGGCUGGUCAUCCUGGGCUAUGCUGCCUCUGUCAGCGGCCAGACGACCUAUCAGGGUGUGGUUGGAGGGCUGUGUGGCCCGGCCUUGGGGAAGCUGUGUGAGGCCUGCUUCAUCAUCAACCUGCUCAUGAUCUCCGUGGCCUUCCUCAGGGUGAUUGGGGACCAGCUGGAGAAGCGUCAAACGCUCACUCAACGCCUCUACGCGGAGCCUGCAAAGACCAACAGUCUGCUGGUGACACGCGUGCUGCUCUCCACGUUCGCCCCUGUCGGGCCCUGUGCCUCUGGCUGCUCCCCUUUCUGUGGCUGCGGGGUGGUUGUCAGCCAGAUCGAGUGCAGCCUGCAGACCGCUCCUCAGCCGGUCCACUGUCACGAAGCCGGGGUGUCCAUUUACUGCAGCAUGACCCAUCGGAGCCUCUCCCAUUGGGCCCUGGUCUCCGUGCUGUCCCUGCUGGCCUGCUGCCUCGUCUACUCGCUGACAGGGGUUUACGGCUUCCUGACCUUCGGGGCAGAAGUUUCUGCGGACAUCUUGAUGUCUUACCCGGGCGAUGACGUGGUCAUCAUCGUGGCCCGGGCCCUCUUCGGAGUGUCCAUCGUGACCGUCUACCCCAUUGCGCUCUUCCUGGGGAGGUCGGUGAUGCAGGAUCUCUGGAGGAGGAGCUGGUGCCUGGCGUGUGGGCCCGGGGCCCUGGCGGAGCCCUCGGGGCCGUGGGUCCGGGUGCCACUGACCGUCCUGUGGGUCGCCGUGACGCUGGCCAUGGCCCUGCUCCUGCCCGACCUCAGCGAGAUCAUCGGCAUCAUCGGCGGGAUCAGCUCCUUCUUUAUCUUCAUUUUCCCGGGACAGAUGCUCCUGUGUUCCACGUGCUCGAUGUGUAUUUCUUGGCCUGGCAGGUGCUGUUUGGAGGCGUGGGGAGUGGUCUCCGUGCUCGUGGGCACCUUCAUCUUCGGGCAGAGCACGGUGGCAGCCGCCUUGGAACUCCUCUGA